GCGGGGUCCCAAUCUGAGACAAACCGGUAGAGUGGAGGACAAUGCACAACGCAGGGACACAUGCAAAUUGCAUGUUGGUAUCAGUGUCAAGGUCUCACCCGGUUGCAUCUGACCGUGCCAACACGUGUCAGUCGCAGCUGAGAGCAUUCGCCCGUUUUUGCUUUUUACCGGGCGGUGUUUUGUGCAAAGUGUGAUGACGGGCGGGACAUAUCGAGACGCGUGUCAAUGUACAUAGCCGAGGCCGUGUCGCUUCUCGCCGGAGUGAAUAUGGGAGCAAUGCAGGUUCUCCAAUGCCUGCCACAUCCGCAAUGAUUCAAGCGAGCAUGACAAGGAAGUGCAACUCUGCCGGCCGAAGUCAACGAACCAACUUGGUAGUUCGUUUGGUCCUGCCCUUGCUCCGGGAUCCUCAUAGCCACGAAGAGAAUGCGCAACGACUCGCGGCAACGGGAGGUCAAAUUGACACGUGUGGCAGCUGCCGCUGCCGCGAGCAGCGUGUUUGCAGGUGCUUUGACCUGGGCAGCUCCGGUGUCCGCACCACGAGGUUUGACUUCAUCCAACAGCCCGGCUUUGCAUGAGAGUGCACCCUCCGAAGGAGCUGGUGCACAGCUUGGGUCUUGGACCACCAGGCUGUUGGCCUUGUCCGGGAGUGCCGCAAUCUUGGCGGGAGGCAGAAGCGCUCGAUCACGCCAGGGAGCCAGACCACUGGCCUCCACAGGCACAGCGCUGAGGGACCCCACCAGCACCAGGACAGAUGUGCUAUCAAGUCUUGGCGACAUGACCAAGCUGGAGGAUGGGGUUGGCGCCAACCCCGCAACCUCCUGGCCAUCGGGCAAGCCUGCCUACACCACCGAGUACCCGGAGGAAUACGACCUCUCCGACCCCAAAGGAUCCUUCGAGAAGGUCGGCCGCAUGGUGCUGCAGGAAAUGGUGGGAGAGCUGCCUGGACUCUACGAGCUGCCCUCCAAGGAGGCCUCCUGGGUCGAGAGAUCUUUGGAGUACAACACGCAGGGUGGCAAGAUGAAUCGGGGGCUGAUCGUCGUGGAGACUGGGGUUGCCCUGAUGAAGCAUCAGGGCCGGGAGCCCAGCAACGCUGAUCUGAACCGGCUUGCGGUGCUCGGCUGGGCCGUGGAGUACUUGCAGGCAUGCAUGCUCAUGGCCGACGACAUGAUGGACGGAUCUCUGACUCGCCGUGGCAAUCCAUGCUGGUAUAAGUUGCCAGACGUGGGAAUGCUCAAUACCAACGACUUUCUGAUGGUGGAGAUGUAUGUCUACAAGAUUGUCAAGCGACACUUUGGUCAGGACAGAAUCUUCCCUUGGCUGAUCGAUCUUCUCCUGGAGACAACCUUCCAGACCGAAUGUGGGCAGUUGCUGGAUUCUAUCUGCGCCAAUUGCGAGCUGGAGGAGCUCACCACCGAGCGCUGGGAGCUGAUAGUGAAAUACAAGACUGCCUUCUACUCCUUCUACCUGCCGGUUGCUCUCGCCAUGCUGGUCACUGGCGUCCGGGACAAGGCAGCCUUCGACACUGCAAGAGAAGUACUGCUGGAGAUGGGAAUCUACUUCCAGGCCCAAGACGACUUCUUAGAUGCCUUCGCCAGCCCGGAGGAGCUCGGCAAGGUGGGAACCGACAUCCAGGACAAGAAGUGCAGCUGGCUCUUCGCGCACGCCUAUCACGAAAAGAGCACACCAGAGGCAAAGGCCUACCUUGACAAGCACUAUGGAAAGUGCGAGGUUGGCAGCGAAGAGGAGAAAAGGAUCAAGAAGAUCUACACCGAGCUUGGCCUGAAGGAGCUAUUCAAAAGCUAUGAGGCGCAGGUGCAGUCGGAUAUGCAGGAUUUCAAGGCAAAGGUCAAAGAUGCAGACCUCCCUUGGUCAGUUUUCGAAAUGUUUUUUGGAAUGAUCCACAAGCGCAAGAAGUGAGCAUGACCUGCUGGUCACAGUUAAUGGCUUGAGAGACGACCUGUUUUGGUUCCGUCUCUUUGGGUUCUGGUUUUCAUGUGGCUGUCUUUGCAUUUGAAGGCGCUAGGCCUUUCGCGUUUUCGUUGAAGGCCCGUGCGGCGGUCCGCUCAGAAGCUCGAGCUUCAACUGUUAGCAGCUCGUGGAUCGCAGUAUGCGAGCAUUUC